AUGAGUGAUCCUGAAAUUCCGAUAUCUAAUCAACAAGUGACAUAUGAUGCUAUACUACCUAAGGUCUAUACCCAUAUGUCAGAGUAUUUGUAUCCUUAUUUCACACCUUAUUCUCAUUAUACGUAUAAAUUAGGUAAUAUUAAUAAUUACUCAAUAGGUAGCAUACUCGGAUCAGGCAAGUUCUCAACAGUUUUUAAAGGUACAGACGGAAAGCAUGUUUAUGCAAUGAAAGUUUAUAAAGAUGUACGUCCAAAUUAUAUUCGUCGAGAGAUUUUUAUGCAUAAAGCACUACGAAAAUGCGAGCACAUUGUUCAAUUACAUGAUGUUGUACGCGAUCCUGUAUCAAAGUCGACUACAUUACUUUUGGAAUACCAUAAAUCUGGAAAUUGGAAAAAUUUCUUUCCCAAAAUGAAAAUUAGCGAUAUAAAAAACUUUAUGUACAAAUUACUACUUGCGCUAGAUGAGUGCCACUCGCACGGUAUAAUGCACAGAGAUGUGAAACAACAGAACAUUCUUUACAAUCCAAAAACAGGAGACUUACAUCUUGGCGAUCUCGGAUUAGCUGAAGUAUACUUCCCAUACCACCAAUAUGAAGUAGGUAUUGGUACAAUAAGGUUUAUGGCCCCAGAAAUACUAAUGUCGUACAGAUUUUAUAAUUAUGCAAUUGAUAUUUGGUCUGCUGGAGUUAUCCUCGCAGAAAUGAUACACGAAGAACCGUUAUUCAAGGGUGAUUAUCAAUUAGAUAUAUUACGCUCGAUUAGUCGAGUUUUCACAGCAUCUCCUUUAUUAGAAUUCGCAGAUAAGAUUGGCUUCGAAGUUUCAACGAAUUUAUUGAAUGCUCUUUCAUCAAUAUCUAUUGGGCAGUUCGAUGCCAUUCUAAGCCGUGUUCGCGACGAAUAUAAAGAUGAUGAUCUCUUUGAUCUUCUUAGAUUGAUGCUAGUGAUAGAUCCAACAUACAGAAUUACAGCACGAGAUGCUCUUAAUCAUAAGUUUUUUGAUGAUGUUAGGAAAAACAAAUCUAAUUCUAAAUAA